AUGAGACUGAUGGGAGGAGAUGUUGAUCCAGAUCGGGAUCGGGAUCAGAUGGUGCUGCUUUGGAUCGGUUCGACUCCAGCGGUUCGAUGGAUGGAUGGAUGCUGUGUGGGUCAGCAGACGGACGAGACGUCUGGAAAUGUACCAUGUCCACGGCCCGACUGUGGAAAUGAUGAUGCAUACAAUGGACUCCGGACUAGGUGCGUUGCUCUAAGUCUUCCUACCAACAUGACCAUGUUGCGAAAACAAGGCCAAACAACUUGUAUACAACAAAAAGAGACUGCGACUAUGCAAAAGGUCACACCAUCAUGGUCUUCAUACUUCAGAUUAAACUAUAAGUGA